AAAGGCGCAGAGAAGCUCUGCAAAUAUCUGAAAGCGAUUUACAGGGUAGCACCCACGGGACCGGACUGACAGGAACAUCCAAACUUUAACACUAUUAGUGUGCUUUUUGUUCGCCAUUUGCGUCGUAUGUUAACACCCAGCGCUUUAAUUAGAAGGAACAUUCCGUCUGCUGCCAAGAUUUUUUGAAGAAGUUUGCGAACUCUUUGGACAGAAGUGCGCUGCAGAAUGUCAUCAUCCCGCCACAAUGAGGUGGGCCGGUGGCCUGCAGUUACCCUCUGGAGUGAGGACAUUGUUCAGGCUGACCACGACAACCCCUCUUCCCCUCGGGUGGUUGAGAAGAAGCAAGAAGGCAGAUGCCACCGAAUACUGCGGACGCUCUGUCCUUGUUUGUGCUCUGAAAGCUCACAUCCAGUCCCAACUUCAGGGAGCAAAAAUGAUGUGAGCAAACCAAAGCCAGAGGAGAUGGAGAUGCCUGAUCUCCUGCUGACCGUCCGGCAUGUUGACCUUUUGAAGUCAAGAAGAGACAUCAACAGGAAGGAACACCACACUGAUGAGUUUGAGUGUGAUGAGCUGGUGCUGCGGCGAGGCCAGCCUUUUAACCUCGUUCUUGAGCUUUCUCGGCCAUUUAAUCCUGAAACCGACACGCUACAGCUGGAGUUACAGAUCGGGCCACUGCCCCAGGCUGCCAAGGGAACCCACAUAGUCAUCUCUUUCGUAGAUGAGUUUAAUGAUAAGGAAUGGCAAGCCAAGAUAAUGGAGCAAGAUGGCACCAAGCUGAAGGUGACAGUCAACUCCCUGCCCACUGCGGUCGUUGGCCAAUAUCAGUUUGCUGUGCGAACUCAGUGCCCAGCUGGUGAAUUUAAGACUGAGCAUGACCCCAAGAAUGACGUCUACCUGCUGUUUAACCCUUGGUGUGAAGAUGAUCCGGUGUUUAUGGAAGAGGAGGAGCACCUAAAGGAAUAUGUUUUGAAUGAGACUGGAAGGAUAUAUUAUGGAACAGAGAAGCAGAUCGGAGUGCGCACCUGGAAUUAUGGGCAGUUUGACAAGGGAGUCCUAGAGGCCUGUAUAUUCCUACUAGAAAGAAGCGGCACCCCACAUACCGGCAGAGGAGACCCUAUCACUGUUGUCCGUGUCAUCUCUGCCAUGAUAAAUGCACAAGAUGACCGGGGCUUGUUGGUAGGAAACUGGUCUGGAGACUAUUCUGAUGGGACUGCUCCUACAGGGUGGACUGGCAGUGUGGAUAUCCUAACCCAGUACCACAAAAGUAAGGGCACACCUGUCAGCUUCGGCCAGUGUUGGGUCUUUUCUGGAGUCACCACCACUGUUUUACGAUGCCUGGGGAUUCCAGGACGCAGUGUCACCAAUUUCAGCUCUGCCCAUGAUACAGAUGUAUCCCUCACUACAGAUGUCUACUUUGAUGAGAAUAUGGAGCCAAUGGACAGCCUGAACACAGAUUCAGUCUGGAAUUUUCAUGUUUGGAAUGACUGCUGGAUGGCCAGGCCUGAUCUUCCUCCUGGCAUGGGAGGAUGGCAGGCGAUUGAUGCUACUCCACAAGAGACCAGUAGUGGUACUUACUGCUGUGGUCCUGCUUCAGUGAAUGCUGUCAAGAGUGGGCUAGUCUACUUGAAAUACGAUGCUCCCUUCGUCUUUGCUGAGGUGAAUAGUGAUAAGAUCUACUGGCAGCAAGGGCCAGAUGGGAAAUUCAAUAAAGUAUACAUUGAGAAGAAAGCAGUAGGACGAUUUAUCAGUACAAAAGCAGUGGGCUCUGAUGAACGGGAGGAUAUUACAGAAUUCUACAAGCACCCAGAAGGUUCAGAUGAAGAACGCAUAGCUGUGGAGACUGCCUGCCGCUAUGGUACAAAACCCAAUGUGUAUGAUGGACCCGAGGCUGAAGAUGUUUUAGUGGAGGUGAACACAGAGGAGUCUGUACAGAUGGGCAGUGAUGCCUGCAUGAAGGUUCUGUUGAAGAACAGCAGCUCCACAUUGCGUACAAUCCGACUGCAGGGUCAUGUUGCCGUUAUGUAUUACACUGGUGUCCUCAAGGGAACCAUUAAGAAGGAAAAGACGGAAGUGGUGCUACAGGCUAACGAGGAGAAGACAAUAGAAUGGACACUAAAAUAUAGUGAUUAUCAGGAUGAACUUGUAGAUCAGGGAGCACUGAUGAUGACAGUGUCUGGCCGAGUAAAUGAGACAAGCCAAGUUCUGGCUAAACAGCACACCUUCCGACUGCGGACUCCAGACCUUCAGAUACGGCCUGAAGGGGUGGCUGUGGUGGGUCGAGAGAUGACCGCCAAGAUUAUUUUCACUAAUCCUCUGCCAAAGACAUUAAAGAAUGUUAUUCUCCGACUUGAAGGACCAGGCCUCCAGAAACCCAAGAAGAUCACUGUCGGUGAUGUUGGAAAACAUUCUACACUGACCCGGACGGAAACCUUUAUCCCUGCCAAACCAGGACCCCGUAAGCUCAUUGCCAGUCUUGACUGUCGCCAGCUCACGCAGGUUCAUGGAGCUGCUGAUGUUGUCGUUGGUGAGAGCAACUAAGGAAAUCUCGAUGAAGGACACGAAUGGCCAAGGGCCUGGGACUAUUGUAGCUCCUGUGGUUGCCCCUAAGCACACUUUCCAUGGCCCAGGACUGCUGCUGAUCUGUCAGAAGUGUAUUUUGCCGCAGUCCUUUUUAACCACAUCAGAAAGUAACGGAGAACAAGAGGAAAAUAUUAUAAAUUUUGAAGAAAUUCUCAGUUCCAUGGAGACAUCAGAAGGUAGAAGAUUUGACAGUCUGCUACAUGGAGAUGAAGGCCACAGCAGUGCCAUCUGUUUAGAUCUCAUAAGAUCAUUGAUUGUGCUAACUGGUAAAUGAAGUGCUGAACUAAAAUAUGUUCUGCUUUCAAGAACAUAUCCAUAUGUAGGACUAAAGAUGGCAUAUUUUUUAAUUCACAAAUGUAGCAACCCCCCUUGCUCAUAAGAGCAAUACAAAGAUAACACAAAAGGCCAUUUGUCCAUUUUGAGGUCAGGCCAUUAUAGGAGAGUAUGAAAUACUUCCUACUUUAAUCACGUGUUUUUAUAUGUAUUAUUUUUAUACUUCUGUGAACAGUUCAGCCUGCUGUUAACUACCCAGAUGCAUCCUGGGUGUCUGUGAAAAACAAUCCAAAGUCUUCCAAGAGGUGAAUGAAUCAUCACUGGAGUCACACUGCGAAUCUCCAGGGAGUGCAAUGCGCAGAUUAACUGAAAAAAGAAAACCCUGAAUGUCGUGGUGCCAAAUGAAAAGCGUUUAUCUGAACACGAGCAGGCCUCCCUGGGACUCGGUGACCGCGCCUGGCAUUAGUGUGUGUCGAUAAAGGGACGAGCCACACACACACCCGAAUCUCAGUAUUAAAACUAACCUUUGAAGAAUAAUUUAAACUUUUUAUUCUUUUGUAUUUCUGUAUGUUUAAAAAGUAUAAACGUUCUGUAUGACUGUAUUUAAAUAAUAAUCUUAAGAUGACUGUGAUAUUGUGGCAGAGAACUGACUUUUUAUUGUAAUGACAAUAAAGAGCAAGUGAAAGAUAA